GUUCAAGCGCUUAUUCGAAUAUGGAAGAAAUGAGGCCAAACGUAAAGAGGGAAACAAGUAGACUGUGAGCUCAAUUAUGAAAUGCCAAUAUUGUCGACUUGACGUUACGACCUCGGGCAAACAGGUGACCUCAUUCGCUUCAUUGCUCCAUGGUUGAAGAGUUUACCCACAAGGGGGACCCUGAGCAGCAUACUGGGCAUACGUACUAGUGCUCCAAAAGGGUGGUAAGCAGCCUCUUUAAUUCUGCGAGGAAGUCGCUUCGUUGCUUCCGAGCGCCUCUUCAUAGGUGGCAGGAGCCUGGUGUAUCGUAUUAGACCUAAUAUGCUCCAUUGCUUCUCGCCUGCUGUGGUACACAUGCACUGAGCUUGUAGCGCCCAACUGCGAGACUUAAGAUUGACAGAUACACCCACCUCCAUACCGCACUUCUAGCUUGCAAAUGGCCUCUAUAAACCUCAAAAUCCACUUCAGUCCCACUCAGCUGCUUCUCUUGACUAUCUUUGCUCAGACCGUGAUCCUGGGCUUUGCAUGGGGCUUCACCGGAGCACUCGUAUUCGGAACCGUUCUCGUCUUACCUGAUCAUAUCGUCCAUCUGAUCGUAGAGUAUCCGACCGUGUUGACCUUGAUAGUUACGCUGAUCUCAACUGCCUUGUCGAUCAUCACUUCGAUGCUCUUCACAUAUGCUGUGAAAGAAGCGCUUCGGCAUCACCUCGCACUCUCAGGGCCGAUUACACUGUUCAAGCUUCGCGCUGCAAUAGCGCUAACUGGACCGACCAAGGCAUGGCGAUGGAAAUACCUGAAGCUGUCGGUCCUCACACUGGCAGUUUAUGCGGUGAUCACAUUUCUGAGCUCGAGUUGGAGCACUUUACUCCUGCCUACCAUUGUUCGUUGGCCUGUGCCAAUGUCCGGAACGGAACUUGACUUGGGAUCCAUCGCAUUUGCAAACCAGCUGAGCGUGGACCUUAAUACCCCGCAAGGGAAUGGUGUGCAAGCUCCUGCGUUCGAAACUAUCAAUGUCUUGACUCUUCUCAGUGGUAUUGCUGCGGUUAACGUUGAAGGAGGCAUGCAAACGAGUAGUAUUUUCAGCUUCAACGGAGUUUCGUACAAUCGGUCGACUGGUGGAAUUCUUCCUGCGAUCGAGGAAUACUCUGGAGCAUCAAAUCUGCCUUCUGGAGUUGGCUUGGCGUUCUCUGGGGGACGAGUACCAGUCAAUUCCAUUUUUGACUGGGAGCGCCACUGGGGCGAGGCAGGCACUCACGGCAUUGCGAAGAACUACACUGUUACACAACAAGGUGUCACAGCAGAUGUUACAUGCCAACCGAUGAACCACAGCAAAAAUUCAUUCAGUACUUUCUCAACACCGACGCAAGGACCGUUGAAUAACUCGUUCUUGACGUGGGAAACCGUUGCAAAUUGUUCAGGAAAUGUAAACUCGCUACCCUACUUCACCGCCGGCAACGCGAGUGGUCAGAUGGACCCCGCAUCCACGGGAUUUCUACCCGUUGUUGUAUGCCCCAGCCCACAAUCGACAUCAUUCAACGCAUAUAACUUUGGUGUUUUUAUGUCUGGCUUGUACAAGUAUGACUUCCUGCCAACGAUUGUUUGCGAGGUCGUUCCCUACCUGACUACAGUCAACGUCACUUAUAAUGGAGGCAUCAUAUUUGUCGAACGGGUUGCUACAUCUUCUGGCUUGACAGAGAGUCCAACUUUUCCUUUAUCCCAGUACAUCGCGACUGUGAUGGCUUAUCAAGCGGGGACCAACCAAGCCCUGACGAAGAAUACAAUUGGCGACUUUUUGACCGCGUACGACAACGGCGAUGUAUCAGAUAUGUACAGGGAACUGGUGACUGUCUCCGCUCCCCUUGCAUCGACAUGGCUGAUUACGUUACAGGAAGAUUACUGGCGCGGUAUCACGGAGUUCGCCUCUACUUCGGAUAUGACCCGAUCAACGAGUGGUAUGAUGUAUAUCACGACCUACGGCUGGCGAAGCCAUAGCCGUACAUUUAUCUAUCUGCCUUGUGCUACCAUGUUGGCAGCCUUGUACAGCAUCACCCAAGAAAGAUACUCUCCCUCCGAUCGAUCUUUCGACUUUUUUGACCCCCUUUAUCUCAUCACCGCCGCGUCUGGCGGAGGACUCGAAGGACAGCUUCGUGAACUUGAUAUAAGCCAGACAGACAAAAUAGAGGACCUCAUAGUUCAGUUUGGUGAUGUAUUCAACAAAGAGGGAAAGAGGAACGGCAAGAAACUGGUCAGUGGGUGAUAUGAUGGUUUUCUGAGGGCUUGGCACAGGUUGCAGUCUCCUUGAUAUCGUUUGUAGUGAUCGAAUCACCUAGAUUUUUUGCAUGUAAUAGUGUCAUUGUACUAUGUAUAGUCUUUAUUCAAUUGCCGUACAGUAGUUUCCUG